AGCGUAGACGAAGGAAAGAUGGACCAACGCAAGAAGGGAGAAUGACCAGGAGUCGAACGAGGGAUGGCAUGCUGAGAUUGUUUGGGUGAUGCAUGGAUUCCUGUAAUGUUGUUUAUGUCCGACGAUUCCGCCCUUGAUUCCAGGCUGCCUUCACUGACUCUAGACUUAAGUCAUUUUAGAAAAGCCGUUCUUUAACAGAUCCUUGAUGGUCUAGUGGUUAUGAUUUCCGCUUGUCAUGGUUUAUCCAAACAAGCGCGGGAGACCAGGGUUCGAUUCCCUGUCAGGGAGUUCUUUUUGCCGAUUUAAUACUAUUCCCCUAGUAUUGGAUCGCUUGUUUUUCACUUUUCUGUUCAACCUUUUUUUUAAAAAAAAAAUUUAUGUCGGUGUAUUGCAUUUGAGGGCCAUAAUAAUGUUUCAUAUUGGAAACUCCCAGAACGGUUGCCUCUUCUUCGCUGUCUCUUUGCUUUUCGACAAGACGAUCAGGUUGACCCGGUCAAACUAUAUAUAAACGAGCAACAAGCCUUCAAGUUCGCUCCGACACAACCCUACUUCAAAAGAAGAUAAUGCCUGUCUUCCACCAUACCUAUAACUCGAAAAAUCCCAUAUCAAGUCCCAAAAAUGAAAUCUCGAUAUGAAACAGGCAAAGUUCUUGCCAUGGGUGGAGUAAAUAAAGUUGAUGCCUGAAUGCUGCCGUAGUAUCCUGGCUGCAUAGCCGGAUGCAUAUAUGACCC